ACUUAACGCUACUGAAACUGGCAGCGGAGAUAGAAAGAGCGCGAGAGAGAGUGAGAGAUGCCGGAUGGAGAGAGAGAGAUGCAGGAGGGGGAGGUUAUCCACUCUUGGUCCGCUCCAAGGUCUCUCAGCACCAGUCUGAUGUACUCCUUCGCUCAGAGAGAUGAUAUUGACGUACUUGAUGAACCCCUCUACGCGAAUUUUCUGAGGAUUACUGGUUUUGAAAGGCCAUACCGUGAUGAGCUUCUUUCCAAAAUGAGUUCUGAUGGAAAUAAAGUUGUCAAGGAUGUCAUUUUUGGUCCAAUGGAGAAAAAAUACCGUUACUGUAAGCAUAUGGCAAAACAGCGACUCCCAAACAUAACGGAUGAUUUGAUGAAGAGAGGGAAGCACUUUAUACUGAUAAGGAACCCCCUUAAUAUCUUGCCAUCAUUUGAUAAAGUUUCUCCACCAUCAUUCGUUGAGCUGGGAUUGGGUGAUCUUGUCUCUAUAUAUAAUGAACUAUAUGAACUUGGAAAUCCUCCACCUGUCAUAGAUGCAGAAGAUUUAAAAAAUGAUCCCGAGGGAACUCUCCGUGGUCUUUGCUAUGACUUGGGUAUUCCUUUUCAAUCUUCGAUGUUGAAGUGGGAAGCUGGUCCAAAACCAAUAGAUGGAAUUUGGGCCCCAUGGUGGUACAGUAGCGUACACAAAUCAACGGGUUUCAAAGCAUCACGAGCAUAUCCAGUGCCAUUUCCUCCAGCUCUAUAUGACUUGUUUGAACAAAGUUUGCCAUUCUACAAAAUGCUUAGGCGCCAUGUGAGACGAACCUCUUCUCUGCAACAUUCUUUACCUGCUCCAAGUCUUCCUGUCCCUGCCAAUGAGAAAAUACUCGUUUGGGUAGGUGAUGAAAUUUUACCUCGAGAAGAUGCAAAGGUCUCAGUGUUUGAUUCAGUUGUACAAGGAGGAGAUGCAGUUUGGGAGGGACUUCGUAUCUAUGAUGGGAAGGUCUUUAAGCUAAAUGAGCAUCUUGACAGGUUGUUUGACUCGGCCAAAGCCUUAGCUUUCAUCAAUGUUCCAAGUCGUGAAGCGAUCAAGGAUGCUAUUUUCACGACACUCAAUUUGAAUGGCAUGCUUGACAAUGCUCACAUCAGGCUCACUCUAACACGGGGUAAAAAGGUUACUUCUGGAAUGAGUCCAGGAUUCAAUCUCUAUGGGUGCACUUUAAUAGUGCUUGCUGAAUGGAAACCGCCUGUUUAUGAUAAUUCGAAAGGUAUAACUCUGGUGACUGCCACUACACGUCGCAACUCACCUAAUAGUAUAGAUUCAAAAAUCCACCAUAACAAUCUCAUCAACAAUAUAUUGGCGAAGGUUGAAGGUAACCUUGCUCAGGCAGAUGAUGCAAUCAUGCUUGAUAAAGAUGGCUUCGUGUCUGAAACUAAUGCUACAAACAUUUUCAUGGUUAAGAAAGGAAUUGUAUCAACACCGCAUGCUGAUUAUUGCCUUCCUGGAAUAACUCGAGCAACUGUUAUUGAUCUUGUGAUAAAAGAGAAGUUUGUUUUGCAUGAAAGACGGAUCAGCUUAUCAGAGUUUCAUAGUGCAGAUGAGGUUUGGACUACUGGAACGAUGGGAGAACUUACACCUGUGGUUAUGAUUGAUGGCCGUGUUGUUGGAAAUGGCGAAGCAGGAUCUGUAACGAGAAGAAUCCAAAAUGCUUACAGAACCCUCACUGCAGAAUCAGGAGAGCCAAUUCCUCUAAAUUCAGGUUCGUAAUACAGAUUCACUUCUACAUAAAAUGACAUGAGAACAUAGCUGGGAUUUCCAUAAUACUCAUGAAAUUAACGAUUCAAUUGCAUUCUUGCUGGAUUCUAUGUUGUUUCAGCUUUCCACAAAAUAAUGUAAAUGCUUCAACAUUUACCUGAUGAUAUUUUUUUGAUGGAUUUUCUCUUAUAUCAGUUUUACUUAUUUAGGAGCUUAAUCAAAUUACUA